CCAUAUUUUCAUUUAAACCAACAUCGUGAAGUGGUACAUUAAGAACUGCUAGUAUAGCUGUGAUAAUUUGGGCAAUUGAAUAAUGCAUUCUCUGACUUUGGUGAUAUUAUUGAUUCUGCUUUAUUCAGUCAUCACUGUUACCGACGGUGAAUUAGAGGACUGGAACGGCUCAUCAGUCUGUAGAGACUGGAAAAGCCGGAGAACAUCCAAGUACGUGCCGUACAUAGAAACUUACCGAAAGCGCGUGUUCUUCAUCUGGCGAACGUUUACUCGUUGGAAUUACAGAUGGGAGUGGGAAACCGAAUUGUACCCUACCGUCGAGUGCUGCGGUGGUUACCGCCAGGAGGGAAAUACCUGCAGACCUAUCUGUGAUAGCAAUUGUAAACACGGACUUUGCAUCAGCCCUCAAAAAUGUUCCUGCGAUGUUGGAUAUUCUGUUCGAGUCAGCUCAUCUCAUGAAACAUGUGUUCCCGAGUGCAUUCACGGAUGCAUCAACGGGGCAUGCACAGCACCCUCAGUCUGCACCUGCGAUCCUGGUUAUGAGCUAUUGAACGAUCAUUACACCUGCGUACCAUCAUGCCAUCCAAGAUGUGAGAAGCACAGUCACUGUGUUGCCACGAAUAAAUGUGAAUGUCUCAAGGGAUAUGAAUUGAGGAACAUCACGAACCGGUACAGCGCUGAUUCUCCUGCAGUCAGAUGCGAGCCCGUUUGUUCACCUCAUUGUGGCAAUUACAGUACCUGCAUUGAGCCAGAUGUUUGUCAAUGCAACGUUGGUUACGAGCCGCUACCACUAGAUUCAACUGAUUGUCAACCAGAGUGUAACCCAUCAUGUGGUGAUUACAGCUAUUGUUCAGCCCCAAAUAUAUGUGUAUGUCACCCUGGUUACGCCCCCAUAGAAGGAGACAUGUUCCGUUGUGAGCCAGUCUGUAUUCCACCCUGCGGAGAAGAUGGCAGGUGCCUUGAGCCGAAUAAAUGCGAGUGCAACGAAGGAUACAAAAUGCAACACUCAACAAAUGAUACCCUCGAUGAUAUCCUCGCCAUCAGAUGUGAUCCUAUUUGUGAUCCACCAUGUGGUAUUCGUGGUGAUUGCAUUGCUCCAGACUCUUGCUCCUGCCAAGAAGGUUGGGAGCUUACAUCAGCUCACAGCCUCGGCGAAAAGUACUGUUUGCCAUAUUGUAAUCCUCAAUGUGGAAUGCAUGCUGAAUGCAUGAGACCGAACGUCUGUAAAUGUAUGGAUGGUUUCGAAAUGAACGCUAAUCGAAGUUCUGGUGCUACAGAUUGUUAUCCUGUUUGUGAUAAGCCCUGCAUCCAUGGAACUUGUGUUGCUCCAAACUUAUGCAUGUGUGAUGAUGGUUACAGUAUCGAUACUGAUGAUCCUUUCAAUUGCGAGCCUAUCUGUGGUCCAGUAGGAUGCACCCAUGGUUCCUGCAAGCAACCAAAUGUUUGCUCCUGUCACAGUGGAUACCAACUAAAUCCUGACUCCCAUGACAUCUUCGUGUGCGAACCAAUCUGCAAUAAUUGUGACAAUGGAAUAUGCUUGGAACCUGGUCUGUGCAUCUGUAAUAAUGGAUAUGAAAUGAGUAAAGAUUCAAGAUGUGUUCCAACUUGCUAUGGUGACUGCAGGAAUGGCACCUGCCAGGGGCCGAACAAUUGCGUCUGCGAUGAAGGAUUCAAGUUUAUCGAUGUAAUACCAGACCUUGUACUCGAUCCAUCUUCUUUGAGCUUGUGUGAGCCCAUUUGCAAAGUUAAAUGCCAAAAUGCCACCUGCACAGCGCCCAAUACAUGCACUUGUCUUCCUGGAUACAAGGAAAAUGAUCGCGGUGAUUGCAUCCCAGAUUGCAACGGUCAGUGCACUUUUGGUGAUUGUGUGGCACCCAGCCAGUGUCGAUGUAGGGAUGGUUAUACUCCAGUUGAUGAAAUAGGUGGUGAGAUGUGUCAGCCACAAUGUGAUAAUGGUUGUUCCAAUGGCAAAUGUCAGGCUCCGAAUGUCUGCAAGUGCGAUGAAGGCUUUAUCAUGGAUAUUUUCAAUUCAAGUCUUUGUCUUCCGGUCUGCGAAAUCGACUGUGGACAUGGUGAAUGCAUAGGACCAAAUAACUGUCAGUGUUAUGAGGGUUUCAUUAAGGAGAAUGGCACCGAUAUAGAGGGUCAGGGAAGUACCUGUGUCAAUGCUUGUGAUGGUGGUUGUGGAGAUCAUGGGAUUUGCCAUUUGGAUAACCGGACGUGUCGCUGUUCUUACGGCUGGAGUGGUAAUAAUUGUGAAACCGCGAUAUACUGCGGGAUUAUCUUUCAUGAAAAUGAUGUGGAUUUACCCUCAUGUUCGCAUCAUUUUCGCAGGAUUUCUGAUAGGAAUCAAACGAACGACACCAGAGGAAGCUUUGAGACCAUAAAGUGGCAAGGAUCUACAUGCCACGAAAAAUGUCAACUGGAAUCGACCAACUCCACUCGUGGCUGCUUUCAUCUCUCUUCGGAUGAUAAACAAUUCGACAACGAUACGAAGAUCGUGUGCUUCAUGAGUGCAACUUCACUCUGUAAUGCCGCAGAUCUACAUUCAGAUAAUCUGCUCUACUCUGGAAUAGCCGGUACUAUCGUCCUCAUAAUUGCUCUUGCAAGUACGGUAGCAGCGGUUUUACUGUUUGCUAAAAGACGCCGACAAUCCAAUCGUAGUGUUAUCGAGAAUAAUAAUAAUGACAACCUGUUGGAGCACUCAGACGCUACGGAUGCGUUGAUUCUCAGCGACGACUCUUCUUACCUGUGAACCGAAUAAUUGAAGUUGAUUUUUACGGUGAUAAUCGCACGGCUGCUUUACCGUACCAAAUUAACAGAACAAACGACCUUACAUCUCUUGACAUUUUCAGAGUAGCAACUGACUUCAAUAAAUUUAUUUUAUCUAU